CUUGAAAUAAAUUUUCGGUUGACCAUAAAACAGGAUACUCCUGUGGAUUAUUGCUGCUAAAAAAAACGAAAUAAAGUGCUCAUUAUGAAGAGCGCUAUAUUGCUAUUAGCGUUUUGCGCUAUUGGCUUCUGUGCGGAACUUGAGAUUCCAAGUGCUGAAGCUGAAUUAGUACGACAGACAAGGGAAAUCGAUGGUUAUAAUUAUGAAAAACCGAAAGUACCAUUUGAAGAGCCUACCAGAAAAACGACAGUAUAUGUCCCGCAGACGACACCAUACCGACCAGUGACAACUCAAAAGGUUGUCACUACUCCUAGGACAACACCAUAUGUACCAAUAACUCAAAGGACAACUCCUUAUGUCCCAGUUCGUACAACACCUAGGACAACUCCUUAUGUGCCAAUCACACAGAAAACUACUCAGUAUGUUCCUGUGCGUACAACACCAAGGACAACACCAUAUGUCCCAAUUACCCAAAAGACUACACAAUAUGUUCCAGUUCGUACAACACCAAGGACAACACCUUAUGUGCCAAUCACACAAAAGACAACACAAUAUGUCCCAGUUCGUACAACACCAAGACCUGUUCCAACAACACAACGUGUUAUUACAACACAACCUACACAAAAACUUGUCACUGGUUAUACUUACCCUACCCCAGACAAACCAUUUACCUAUCCAACUCAGCCACCAGCAGUGAGAACUACUCCUGCAAGACCAACACCACCACCAACAUAUUUGCCACCUACAACACGUAGGCCAGCACCUCCAGUAACAACACCAAGGCCAACAACUCCCAAGCCUGUGACAAGACCACCACCACCACCAACUGUUAGGACUAUUCCUACAACUAGGGCUCCACCAGCAACAUACUUGCCACCAACAACCCGCAGGCCAAUAGCACCAGUUACAACACCAAGGCCAACAACACCCAAGCCUGUGACAAGGCCACCACCACCACCAACUGUUAGGACUAUUCCUACAACUAGGGCACCACCAGCAACAUACUUGCCACCUACAACACGUAGGCCACCAAGUCCAGCUACAACCCCAAGACCAACAACACCAAAGCCAGUAACAAGGCCACCACCACCACCAACAACUCCAGCUCCAACAUAUCUGCCACCAACAACACCUAAGCCAGUAACUAGGCCACCACCACCACCAACAGUGAGGACAAUUCCAACAACUAGGGCUCCACCAGCAACAUACUUGCCACCAACAACCCGCAAGCCAGCACCUCCAGUAACAACCCCAAGGCCAACAACACCUAAGCCAGUGACUAGGCCACCACCACCACCAACUGUUAGAACUGUUCCAACAACCAGGGCUCCAGUAACAACCCCAAGACCAACAGUUAGGACUACUCCUUAUGUCCCACCCACAGUGCGAACAACCCCAUACGUGCCAGUCACUCAACCAAGGCCAUCACCAACUACAUCAAAACCAAAACCAACUGGUUAUACUUACCCUGCUCCAGUCAAUCCAUUGACAUACCCAACUAAGCCAGUUCCUACUACUACAAGGGCACCACCACCACCAGUGACAACUCGCAAGAUCGUAACUCCACCACCAACAUACUUGCCACCCACAACCCGCAGGCCACCACCUCCAGUUACAACACCAAGACCAACAACUCCCAAGCCAGUGACUAGGCCACCUCCACCACCAACUGUCCGGACUAUCCCAACAACUAGGGCUCCACCAGCAACAUACUUGCCACCAACAACCCGCAGGCCACCACCACCAGUCACUACACCAAGGCCAACAACACCCAAGCCCACAACUAGGCCACCACCACCAACAACACCAGCUCCAACAUAUCUGCCACCAACAACCCGCAGGCCCGCACCUCCAACAACACCCAAGCCAGUGACUAGGCCACCACCACCACCAACAGUGAGGACAGUUCCAACAACUAGGGCUCCACCAGCAACAUACUUGCCACCUACAACUCGUAGGCCACCAGCACCAGUUACAACACCAAGGCCAACAACUCCCAAACCAGUGACUAGGCCACCACCACCACCAACAGUGAGGACAAUCCCAACAACAAGGGCUCCACCAGCAACUUACUUGCCACCAACAACCCGCAGGCCACCACCACCAGUCACAACACCAAGGCCAACAACACCCAAGCCCACAACAAGGCCACCACCACCACCAACAACACCAGGUCCAACAUACUUGCCACCAACAACUCGCAGACCUGCACCACCAGUUACAACACCAAGGCCAACAACUCCCAAGCCUGUGACAAGGCCACCACCACCACCAACUGUCAGAACUAUUCCAACAACUAGGGCUCCACCAGCAACUUACUUGCCACCAACAACCCGUAGGCCACCACCACCAGUUACAACUCCAAGGCCAACAACACCAAAACCAGUCACAAGGCCACCACCACCACCAACAACUCCAGCUCCAACAUAUCUGCCACCUACAACUCGCAGACCUGCACCACCAGUUACAACACCAAGGCCAACAACUCCCAAACCCGUUACAAGGCCACCACCACCACCAACUGUAAGGACCAUUCCAACAACUAGGGCUCCACCAGCAACUUACUUGCCACCAACAACCCGCAGACCUCCACCACCUGUAACAACACCAAGGCCUACAACAGCCAGACCAACAACUAGAGCUCCACCACCACCAACUGUAAGGACUAUCCCAACAACUAGAGCUCCUCCACCAACAUACAAGCCCGUGACAACCACAGUUCGUCCAAGGUCAACACCUGCUCCAACAUACUUGCCUCCAGCUCCAGAUACUACCCCCAGGCCAUCACCACCAGUAACAACUGCCAGGCCAACAACUCCUAAGCCUGUAACAAGGCCACCACCACCACCAACAGUCAGGACUAUUCCCACAACUAGGGCUCCACCAGCAACAUACUUGCCACCUACAACACGUAGGCCACCAGCACCAGUUACAACACCAAGACCAACAACACCCAAGCCCGUUACAAGGCCACCACCUCCACCAACUGUAAGGACAAUCCCAACAACUAGGGCUCCACCAGCAACUUACUUGCCACCUACAACUCGUAGGCCACCAGCACCAGUUACAACACCAAGACCAACAACACCUAAGCCCGUUACAAGGCCACCACCCCCACCAACUGUCAGGACGGUUCCAACUACUAGAGCUCCACCAGCAACUUACUUGCCACCCACAACCAGGAGACCUCCAGCACCUGUGACUACUCCUAGGCCAACAACUCCAAAACCAAUAACUAGAGCUCCUUUACCACCAUCAACUCCUGCUCCAACAUACUUGCCCCCAACACCAAUCACAACUCGUAGACCUCCACCACCAGUUACAACUGCUAGGCCAACAACUCCAAAGCCCGUAACAAGGCCACCACCACCACCCGUUACAAGGCCACCACCUCCACCAACUGUAAGGACAAUCCCAACAACUAGGGCUCCACCAGCAACUUACUUGCCACCUACAACUCGUAGGCCACCAGCUCCAGUUACAACACCAAGGCCAACAACUCCCAAACCAGUGACCAGGCCACCACCACCACCAACUGUAAGGACUAUUCCAACAACUAGGGCUCCACCAGCAACUUACUUGCCACCAACAACCAGGAGACCUCCAGCACCUGUGACUACUCCUAGGCCAACUACUCCAAAACCAAUUACCAGAGCUCCUUUACCGCCAUCAACUCCUGCUCCAACAUACUUGCCCCCAACACCAAUCACGACCCGCAGGCCUCCACCACCAGUGACAACUGCUAGGCCAACAACUCCAAGGCCAACAACCAGACCUCCACCACCACCAACAGUCAGGACUAUCCCAACAACAAGGGCUCCACCAGCAACCUACUUGCCACCAACAACUCGUAGGCCAGCACCUCCAGUAACAACUCGCAAGGUCGUAACUCCACCACCAACUUACUUGCCACCCACAACACGCAGGCCCCCAGCCCCAGUUACAACACCAAGGCCAACAACUCCCAAACCAGUGACCAGGCCACCACCACCACCAACUGUUAGGACUAUCCCAACAACUAGGGCUCCACCAGCAACAUACUUGCCACCAACAACACGCAGGCCAGCACCCCCAGUGACUACCCGCAAGGUUGUAACUCCACCACCAACUUACUUGCCACCUACAACACGUAGACCUGCACCACCAGUUACAACACCAAGGCCAACAACUCCCAAGCCCGUUACAAGGCCACCACCUCCACCAACUGUAAGGACAAUCCCUACAACUAGGGCUCCACCAGCAACUUACUUGCCACCAACAACCAGGAGACCUCCACCACCAGUAACAACUCCCAGGCCAACAACCCCUCAGCCAACAACAAGGCCACCUCCACCACCAACAACCAGACCACCACCACCAAGAACGACCCCAGCCUUGCCACGUACCUCGACUCCAGCUCCAACAUACUUGCCACCAGUCGACGGCUACAAAUAUCCAGUUCCAAACGUCCCCUUCGUAUACUAAGUGUGACGAAUCGAACGACCAAGCAACGAGCAGUAGUAGCCCUCUAAGCCAGUUACAACAAAACAUUAUAAGAACCUUAACGAUCCCAAAAACGAUAAGGUUCAAGAUCUAGCAUAGGUAGAUGGAACAACUUGACUAGGGCUAGAUUCUUCUAGUCAUUGCAGUGUGUAGCCCUUUUUUUUUAAUUUUCCCUUUCCCCUCUUCCCCCCUCCAAAAGAAACGGGCUGUUGGCUUAUAAUACAGCUGCUUACCGUUAUUAUGUAAAAUAAUUAUUGAGAUAGGUUUUUUUGUUAUUAAUAAAUUAUAAGAAUUAUUUGUAAAACUAUUCGCAUAUUGUGUCUAAUUGUUUAACAAUUUUAUAACUCGUUAGUCAAAAGU